AUGCAGCAAUUCAGUUCGCGGGAAAAGUACUUAAUCUGCAACACCCUCAACUGCUGGCCAGUGAUGCUCCAAGGCCACUCAGUCCUGAUAGAUCUCCACAAUGAAACCUCGGUGGCAGGAGUAAUCGACGUAGCGGACGGGCACAUGACCUGCGAGCUUUCCAACGCCGUUUUCAUCGAUCGCAAUGGAGGUCAGCAUCCCUUCGAUCACUUCAUGGUGCGCAACCGAAUGAUCCGCCAAAUUCACAUUCCCACACACAUUGACGUGGAGCAAGAAUUGCGACAAGCCAUGGAACGGGGAGUCCUUCGGAAAGAACGAGUGAAGCCAAAGAGCGGAAAGCGAACCUUUAAGCAGAAACGAGCGGAGAUGCGACACAAGGAAACCCUCCAGAUGAUCUCGCAGCAAAGGGAUGCGGACAAAAAGGAACCAGAGAAAUAAACCUAUCUGCAUAUACCACAAAA